CUGGCCGGACUGAGUAACCCAGUCGACCGGCUGGCUGACGGGUCGACGGCCGGGUAGGUGGUGGACCCUUCGGAGGCGUUACCUGAGCUGAGGUGGACCAGGUGCUAGUGGUUUGAAAUCUUAGCAGACUUGUUCCCCACUCCACCCCCAUCUCCAAGUUUAUCUGACCUCUGCCUACUCCCUGUGGACUGUAACUGAGAACUGUGCAUUCUGAAGGACAGUCUCUGGGGUUACUGACCCACCUGAACUCUGCACUGUGCUGUAACACUUUGUGUUUUUGAAAGAAUUUUCCUCUUCAAGAGCUGAGUUUCUAGAACUCUUCAUCAGAGACUAUCUGGAGUGAAAGGAUUUCCCUGGGGAGAACCUUCAUUCAGAGUUUGCUGACAGCCAAGGAUGGCGAGCAAGGGGCCCUCGGCCUCUGCAUCCCCUGAGAACUCCAGUGCAGGGGGGCCCAGCGGCAAUGGUGCUGGAGAGAGUGGAGGUCAGGACAGCACCUUUGAGUGCAACAUCUGCCUGGACACAGCCAAGGACGCCGUCAUCAGCCUGUGUGGCCACCUCUUCUGUUGGCCGUGUUUACAUCAGUGGUUGGAGACCAGGCCUAACAGACAGGUGUGCCCAGUUUGCAAAGCCGGCAUCAGCCGAGACAAGGUCAUCCCACUCUACGGCAGAGGCAGUACUGGGCAACAGGACCCAAGAGAGAAGACCCCACCCCGUCCUCAAGGUCAGAGGCCAGAACCAGAGAACAGAGGGGGAUUUCAAGGUUUUGGAUUUGGAGAUGGUGGCUUCCAGAUGUCUUUUGGAAUUGGAGCAUUUCCCUUUGGGAUAUUUGCCACAGCAUUUAAUAUAAAUGAUGGACGGCCUCCACCAGCUGUUCCUGGAACACCUCAGUACGUGGAUGAGCAGUUCCUGUCACGCCUCUUCCUUUUUGUGGCCCUCGUGAUCAUGUUCUGGCUCCUAAUUGCCUAAUGCUGGACUCCCAACCUGCAUCUGGCAGGACCUCUGGACUGGUGACAUGUCACACCCACAUUCUUGGUGUUCGGCUUCCUGUCUAAUCCUGACCCUGGAAUCAGUGGGGUUGGUAACACAUUGAGGAGUCUUCUUCAUCAGAGCUUUGGGACUCAAGAGCAAUUGUUGAGGACCCUGGAGCAUGGAUACUGCUAUAACCUCAGGCCUUGAUAUUGAGUUGUCUUUCAUGGAUGACAACAUGAAAUACUGUUCCAGCAAGCUCAGCAGGUUCUGACCGCCCAGGGAAGAGGCAAGAAGAAGAACACUGUCAGAAUACAAUUUCAUCUGAGUUUAAAUAUCACAAAAACAGGGAUGAACCAGAUGACACUUAGGGAAAUUCACAUCUCUUUAACUACACCUUGGUAAAAUGCCUAAGUUGGUGGGGCUCUUCUGCAAGAGGUUCACCUUCCAGAUCCCAGCGCUGCUCUUUCCUAUUUCCUCCUCCUCCUCGGCAAAGAGGCAAGAAAUUGCAGCCCUGUAAAGAUCAUAACUGCAGCAGCUGAAGCUGGAAUUGCUUCAUGAAGUUACCAGACCCAAAGAUCUUUUAUUGACUCUGGACCAUGCUGAUUGUCUUUGGCCCCAGAAAGUUGUUUGAAUGACCUUCUGGUUUCUUGGCAUAGAUUAUCCCCAGAGACAUGUGACUUUACUCACAGAUUUGUCAUUAACUUUCCCCCAGAAAAACUAUCUGCAUCCUUCUCCUUGCCAGAGGGCACACAGCCUAGAUCACUGCUGAAGCUGAGACUGCUGCAUAUUAGCAAAGACUGCAGGCAGGACUCCUGCGGAAUUUGGACCUCUGAUGCAGAAACAAAUAGCCCUGCCCCCAAGGCUACAGAAGCUCCAAAUGCAUCUCCCUCCACCACCCCCACCCCUCCACUCCCAGAUUUGCCCAAAAGGAACUAGGGGCUUUAUACGGUCAGCCCAGUGCAUGUUGAAGACUAUCCUCCUCAGAAGCCAAGUUACCCUUUAUCAAGAGGCAGGAUUGUAACCCUGAUUUUCAUAUGGCUUGAUGGACUCCCCUGAAAACUCCUUGUAUGUGUGCUAGAACCAGGGAACCAUGUGAUUGCAGAGCAGGCAGUCCCUGAUGACUUGUAAAGCCAGGCAGCAGGGCCUGGGGAGUCCCAGCAUGAUGAUAAGAUAUGGUCUUCCUGUGGAAGUCUUCCCCUGGAAAUUCCCAGGGGGAUCAUUUUUUCCCAAGUCCUUGAUUUGUUUUUUGAUUUCACAAGUUUCUUCUGAUCUGAUAGAGGCAACGUGGUGCCAGGCAGAAAGACAGUUUACUUCAUGGUGUAGUUUUCACUUUGCAGGUCAGGCCUCUUCCAGAAGACCCCUGUGAUGGAGGAGACAUACUUCUUCGGGGGGGUGGGGGAGGCCUCUGUCACUAUGCCACCUAGUGCUUUUUUCAGAUAUGGCUCUGUUUAGCAUGUGGAAACCAAGACUGUGAGGGUGAUAAUGGAAAUCGUCCUUUUUCAUAGCCCUCAUCCCUUCCCCUUUGUUCUGGUCAAUGCCAGAGUUCAGUAUUUAAACAGACAAACUGUAAGUAUUGAAUAGGUGGUUCAUUUCCCAAAUCCAUUUGAUAGGAAUACGCCACCAGUUUUCAGUGUGUCUGAUGGAUUUUAAACAUUCUUGGGGCACCCACUCGAGAGUGCUCGAUUGCCUAGAAAUCUCAGCUCAACAGGAUUAGUAGGAUUCCUCAGUGCAGUGGCCCCCCCUCGUGGGGGGAGAGAGGACUUCAGAUGGGCCCAGAAAUUUCAAGGGCUGGGUGGAAAGACAAAUCAUUUGUACUCUAAUGAAAUGGAGUGAGCACAAGAGAUCUCCACUAGUGAAGGUACCCCAAGAACCUGUUAGCAAAGUCAAGUUGGCCAUGCACCCUUUGAUUUUAUACCUUGUAGCUCCCCUUUCCCUCUGCCAAGAGCUGGGGCAGGGAGCCAACUUGGGACGGCUGGCCCAGUCCCAACAGGAAACCCCUUUCCCACCACCCCUGCAGGCUCAUCACCUUUACCCCUCUGUCAAGCCAGUUCUCCUUUCUUUGUGUGUGUGUGUGUGUUUGUGUGUUUUCUAUGCUCUUGGCUUCCACCCCACUUGCCACCUUUGUGGAUUAGGACCAGGUCCCAACCACAGUCAGAAAAUGGCACCAUGUACAGUGGCCCACCUUGACCAGUCACUAAUUUUCACUGUUGUGAAAGUGAUUUGAUUUAGAAUUAAACAAAUGGUUUUACAUUACUGUAAGCUGUGGGCUUGUCUGUGUCAUGGGGGAAUGAAUGUUGGGGAGGAGUCACUUUUAUGGCCU